UGCUGCACAUGGUGAGUGUCUGAGGCGAGAAAGCAUGGCUGCCGCGAAACCUCCAGCAAACCCUGCAAAGACAUGCAACUUUGUGGCACAGGAUCAGAUCUGGAAAAGUCACGUUCACAUGGAGGAGGAGGCUGCCCGGGCUUGGCCUACAAACUGGGGAUUCCUUACAACAUCAUACCAGGAGCUGGUGGUGAACAAUUCAGAAAUGAAAAAGGACAAGAGUCAACUGGAACUGCCUGAGCAGAUUCAGACGCGACCUACAACCCCUCCAGAGAAGUAUAUCCAGGUGGCCCCUUCACCUCCUCUACCUCAAACCACACAGGGUUUCAUAGGCUGGAGGUCAACUGUCCCAGAAUUACAGCUGGAACGGUACGGGAGGGUCUAUAAAGGCCAGAAGAGCUUUCUUAGAGACAUGAAGUGGCCGAGGGAAGCCAUCAGUUAAUUGUGUUCAGCUCCAGUCACUCAAGAGAACUCUUGGAUUGACAGUUCCGCCUAGGUUGUGAUUGGUCCUCUAGACGUCACAGAUCCAGCAACUGGUUUUGAGAGCUUAUUUUGUCCAUGACAUUAAAUAAAGUUG